AUGCCUUCUUCUCAUUCACAAGAUUUCUUCCGUCAUUUCCUUAUAUUUCUGUUUUUCUUCUCUAUACCAGUGUCUGCCUUCUAUGUACCUGGUUUGAGUCCAAAAACGUUUCAUGAUAGAGAUGAUGUUACGUUAUAUGUGAAUAAAAUAUUCUCAGAUAAAACUCAAUUGCCCUUUGCUUAUAAUGAUCUGCCUUUCGUCUGUGUGCCCGAGGAUGGUGUUAAGAGUUCUUGGAUGAACCUAGGAGAAGUCUUGAGAGGAGAUCGGAUAGCUAAUUCUGUGUUUGAGCUUAAAAUGAAAGAAGACGUUGAUUGCAAAAUACUUUGCAAGAAAAUAAUAAAGGCAAAGGAUGCCGCUUGGGCAAAACAAUUAAUAAAAAACGACUAUCGUAUUGAAUGGAUUGUUGACAACCUACCUGGAGCAACUGCAUAUCAAACUCUCCCCGGAAAGAAGCAGAAACGAUAUGAAGUUGGAUUCAAAUUGGGUCAAUUACAAGAGAAACAGGAAUCAAAGAAAGAUAGAAAGGCUUUUUUGAAUAACCAUUACGUAUUGAAGAUUUUCUAUGAAAAGAAGGAACAUGAUGAUGGGAAUCUGAUCGUAGGAUUCGAGGUGUUCCCACGAUCCAUUGCAAAUUCGGCCGACUUCUGUCCGAACUUGGAUGGAAACGCCGCAAAACAAGAAAUCGGGGCUGGUGAAAGCACUGUUACUUAUAGUUACUCUGUCGAAUGGAUUGAGGAAAAGGAAAUCACGUGGGGGAAUCGCUGGGAUAGAUACUUGCUGAAUACUGAUGCUCAGAUACACUGGUAUUCAAUCGUCAACUCUUUAAUAAUUGCACUAUUCCUUACUGCAAUGGUUGCGAUUAUCAUGUUACGCACGCUCAACAGAGACAUUGCUCUUUACAAUGAGGAAGAUUUAAAAGAAGAUCAAGAAGAUACAACAGGAUGGAAACUCGUUCAUGGCGAUGUGUUCAGACCACCAAAAUUGGGAGUUUUAUUAGCACCUCUACUUGGAUCGGGUGUACAGAUACUGCUUAUGGGUGUCUCUACUAUGGUCUUCUCCAUUCUGGGUGUACUAAAUCCUUCAUAUAGAGGUGGUCUGGUCUCGUUUGCAUUAUUCUUAUUUGUAUUCUCUGGUACGUUUGCUGGAUAUUUUAGUUCAAGAAUGUACAAAGUAUUCAAAGGCACUUCGUGGAAGAAAAAUGCUGUUACCACUGCCAUCUUGGUUCCCGGCUUUCUCUUUGGCACAAUAUUCAUCCUUAACUUGUUUAUCUGGUCCAAACACUCAUCAUCUGCUAUUCCAUUCGGCACAUUCUUUGCUCUUAUUUCCAUGUGGUUUGGUAUCUCGUUUCCUUUGGUAUUCAUUGGAGCAUACUUUGGUUUCAAAAAGAAAACAAUAGAACAUCCAGUGAGGACAAAUCCUAUUCCAAGACAAAUUCCCGAACAAGUUUGGUAUCUACAGCCUUUUGUCAGUGUUAUCGUCGGUGGAUUGAUGCCAUUUGCCGUGAUCUUUAUCGAACUAUUUUUUAUCCUCAAAUCGAUAUGGCAAGAUCAAUUCUAUUAUAUGUUUGGUUUUCUUGGACUGGUGUUCGUCAUUCUUGUAACGACGGUUGUUGAGAUUACGAUCGUAAUUACAUACUUCCAACUGUGCGGCGAGGAUUAUCACUGGUGGUGGCGUUCCUUCUUUGUGGGUGGCAGCUCAUCAAUCUACAUCUUUUUAUAUGGCAUAUUUUAUUACAACAAAUUGCAAAUCACAGGAUUCGUACCAUCACUAUUGUACUUCAUCAAUAGUCUGUUAGCGUGUCUUGUGUACGGACUGUUUACUGGUACUUUAGGUUUCUUCAGCACGUAUUGGUUUGUAAGGAAAAUAUAUUCAGCUAUCAAAGCUGACUAA